AACUAUUGACGAUGACAACAACUACAAGAACGUGACGGGUCUGAGUACGAUCGCGCCUGUGUCACUCGAUCUCGUCAAGCAGCUCCACGUCAUGGAAGCGGCAUCCGUAGAGACACCUGCGGACGAUCUCGACGGAAAUAUCGUUGCCCUCGCCUUGGUCCUUCGUCGCACGUGCAACAAAAAGUACGACAACCGCCUCGUCGUGAUCACGGAUGCCGCCACGCGAACAAACAAUUCGUCAGACCUGAAGGCCGUGUGCACGAUGAUUCAAAACCUCGAAGUGAAUCUAUAA